GAGGAGGAGGAGGGAGAAAGAGUCGCAGGUCCCGCAGGAGGAGGCAGACAGACAGGCUGAGAGCAGAGAUCAGUGAUCUUCAUGCGCUUCAUCUUUCUCACUGAGACUCCAACACCGACACCAUGCGCCCUCCACACCGCCUCCACACCACCUGAACACCACCUCAGGCUCCUGAACACCACGUGAACCUCGGCUUCUCCACCUGACCAGCUCCUGCUCAACGUCCUGACGCGCGCUUGUUCUUCACCUGAACCUCCACCUGGACCUUCUGCACAUGAGGGCUCUUUGCAUUUUAACCCGCUUCUGACACCUGAAAACAAACUUCCGGCAGUGUGUGUGUGUGUGUGUGUGUGUGAGUGUGUGUGUGUGUGUGUGUGUGUGAGUGUGUGUGUGUGUGCAUUUCUCUCCUUCCUCAUCAUGAGCCGUAAAUCGCGCCGCUGGAUAUUCCGCAUUUUCCUCUGUCUCGGAAUAAUCUACCUGAAGAUCGGAGGGUUCUCAUCAGUGAUAGCUCUGGGAGCCAGCAUCAUCUGCAACAAGAUCCCAGGACUUGCUCCAAGACAGAGGAUCAUCUGCCAGAGUCGACCGGACGCCAUCAUCGUGAUAGGAGAAGGGGCACAGAUGGGCAUCAACGAGUGUCAGUUCCAGUUCAGGAACGGAAGAUGGAACUGUUCUGCUCUCGGAGAGAGGACCGUCUUCGGAAAAGAGCUGAAAGUGGGUAGUAAAGAAGCCGCAUUCACGUAUGCCAUCAUCGCAGCGGGCGUGGCCCACGCCAUCACAGCAGCGUGCACGCAGGGGAACCUGAGCGAGUGCAGCUGUGAUAAGGAGAAACAGGGCUUCCACGGCCGAGCGGACGGAUGGAAGUGGGGCGGCUGCUCGGCCGAUAUCCGCUACGGCCUCGGCUUCUCCAAGGUGUUCAUGGACGCUCGGGAGAUCAAACAGAGCGCCAGGACGCUCAUGAACCUCCAUAACAACGAGGUGGGACGAAAGGUUCUGGAGCGGAACAUGCACCUGGAGUGUAAGUGUCACGGCGUGUCGGGUUCCUGCACCACCAAAACAUGCUGGACGACUCUGCCUAAGUUCCGCGAGCUGGGCUACAUCCUGAAGGACAAGUACAUGCAGGCAGUGCACGUGGAACCGGUCAAAGCCAGCCGCAACAAGCGUCCCACCUUCCUGAAGAUCAAGAAGCCGUUCUCUUACCGCAAGCCCAUGGACACUGACCUGGUGUACAUUGAGAAGUCACCAAGCUACUGCGAGCCGGACCCUGUGACGGGCAGUGUGGGGACGCACGGGCGGGUCUGCAACAAGACCAUCACACACCACUCCAAUAGCUGCGACCUGAUGUGCUGUGGGCGGGGCUACAACACGCACCAGUACUCGCGGGUGUGGCAGUGCAACUGCAAGUUCCUGUGGUGCUGCUAUGUCAAGUGCAACACCUGCAGCGAGAGGACAGAGGUCUACACCUGCAAGUGAACGAAGGCGUGUCACAUGACGUCCGACACUCGGAUGGUGUGGGGUUUUUUUCUUCAUUUUCCAGGAUGUUGAUGUUGCUGAUGUCUUUUUGCACAAUAUAACCACUGGAUGACUUUAUGAUCACCUUCCUGGACUGAACUCAGAAGUGCUUGCUAAUUGCUGCGGCGGGUUUGUUGACCUCACGAGGCCCCGCGGCGACCAGGCGAGUCUGGAGCUGUCUGAGACCUGUUUAACACUCUGCUAUUAGACUUUUCUCCUCCCACCAUUGAUGAUGAUAAGUGUGAACACGUUAAGACGCUGACAACUCAUUUAAAGAAAUUAUUUUUAUUUAUUUAUGAAGCUACUGUCAUUCAGCUUGGCUUGAUGUUGGUAGCAAGAGCUGAUUCAAUUUACGCUGACAUACUACUGACACUGUACUGAAAUACUACUGACUAAUUUCUGAAAUACUACUGACACACUACAGACACACUACUGACACACUACAGACAUACUACUGACACACUACAGACAUACUACUGACACACUACAGACAUACUACUGACACAGUACUCAAAUACUACUGACACACUACAGACACACUACUGACACACUACAGACAUACUACUGACACACUACAGACAUACUACUGACACACUACAGACAUACUACUGACACACUACUGACACACUACAGACAUUAUUUAAAUACUAGUGGCAUUUCUGAAAUACCACUGACACACUAUUGACACGUUUCUGACAUUCUACUGACAUAUUACUUAAAUACUACUGACAUGCUACCGAAACAUUACUGAAAUACUACUGAAAUACCACUGACAUAUUUCCAAAAUACUACUGACAUACGAAUGAAAUACUGACACAUUUCUGACAUUUUACUGACAUAUUAAUGAAAUAUUACUGACACACUAGUGACAUAUUACUGAAAUACUACUGACAUUACUGACAUCUUCUGAAAUACUACUAAAACACUACUGAAAUACUACUGACAUUCUGCUGAAAUACUAAUGAUAUGCUACUGAGAUACUACUGACACAUUACUGACACUAAUGAAACACUUUUGACACACUACUGAAAUACUACCCAGACACUACUGAAAUACUGCUGACUCCUGAAAUACUACUGCCACACUACUGACAUGCUGGAUUUUUCUUUGUAGCAACAGCAUGCCUUGGUAUCAAUAAUCUGCUCUAUUUUGCUGCUAGUCUGGAUGAUCACGCUCGGUGCGAUAGUGGAAAAACUCCGGCUGAUUAAAACCUCCAUGUCUGUGUUGUUUUUCCGAAGCACAGUAGUGAUUAAAUCCCAGACGAACUGAACUUUACACUCAGAGUAUAUUUUGUGAGAAGAGUAUUUGUAUUUUUAUAUGAAUGUUUUAUUUAUACUGUUGUUUUCUCUUGUUGGUAGCGCACAUCGCUCUCGGUCCGCUCGUGCAACACUUCUGUGGAAUUCUGAGUGACUUUUACACUCGCAGAUGUUAGCGUCAUUAAAAUCCACAGAAUGCA